ACACUCUUCCUGUAUGACCAGAGCUAUCAAUUCUUCAAGGUCCGAACUUUAUGCAAUCAAGGUUACCAAUUGUGUUGCUAAAGACCUCUUACAUAUAGAAGCUCGUAAAGAAAGGCAUAAAGAUGAUAAAAGCCUUAGUUGGCUUCACGCUGCUGUUCUGUUGGAAGCAAUGUAUAUAUGCGCAAGUCAGCCCGAAGUAUUUCAUAGCAGCACCGAAUCUUCUUCGAGUUGGAAUCGAAGAAACAGUGUCUGUGUCUGUGUUUGAUGUGAACGGUGAUGUCGACAUACAAUUAUCCCUUCAAGAUUUCCCGAACAGGAGAAAAACAUUCUCCCGUGUCUCAGGAAGAUUCAGAGCACAGCAACCUGGUCUACUGAAAAUAAAAGUAAACGCGAAUGACUUACAUGACCUGAGAUCACUAGACAAACAAUAUGUCUACCUUAAAGCGAGUUCUAACACUCCUGGUAUUGUAUUCAAUGAUGAGAUUAAAAUUCUUGUCAGUUACCGAAAUACCAUGGUCUUUAUUCGAACUGACAAACCCAUAUAUAACCCCGGACAGACAGUCAACCUUCGAGUUAUACCUCUCGGUCUGGAUUUAACAGCAUCAAAAAACAACGUCACAAUUGAGAUUCUGAAUCCUCAAGGUAUUCGUGUGGCGAGAUGGAAAGAUCUUAACACCAACGAAGGUUUCUUCUCGCGUCGUUAUGAAUUAUCCGAGAAUGUGCUUCUUGGAGUGUGGAAGAUUAAUGCCUUAUAUGGACACGGGCGUGUGCAGAAUGCCUCAAUCAAAUUCGAAGUCAAAGAGUACAUUCUGCCCAAGUUUUCUGUGAAUAUUGAGGGUCCGUCAUACAUAUUGGAGAACGAUUCAUCAAUUUCAAUAAAAAUCAAAUCGGAAUAUACUUAUGGCGAAGGGGUUCAAGGAGCAGUUCGGGUGAAUCUUGCUGUUCUUGACGAUAGUGGAAAAGCUGAACGAUUUAGCACCUCUUUACACUUGCUACAGGGCGGAAAAGCAACCGUUAACGUUCAAACCAACCUAAUCAAGGACCAUCCGAAAAUACUCUGGUUUCCUGAUGGCAAACGACUAUUGAUCGAAGCUAAAGUAACUGAACAAGCAACAGGAACUGAAGAAAAAGCAAUGGAUAAUAAAAUAUACUUCACCAAUUCUCCCUUAAAGAUUAGCUUUAAAAGAUCUCCAAAAUUCUUCAAACCAGGAGUACCUUUCCUUAUUAAGGUUGACGUAACCUACGUGAAUGGUAAGCCAGCAGAGAAUAUUGACAUUGAAAUUGAUGCGAAGACUGACGGCGGAGUGGCAGUCUUAGAGCGUGCUGUUGAUGGCGUUCAAGCCAGUGGAGACAAAACAAACCAACUCGGUCAUGGCGCUUUUGUUAUUGAUAUUCCUAGGUUAUUUACCAUCAAUCGUCUGGAUAUUAAGGUCAGUGCUAAAACCAAUCAAGGGGGAGUGGAUAUCAUUUCAGAAGCGAUGUUUCAACCAACUAUGUACAGUUCCAGCGGAAAUAACUACUUGUUCGUUCGAUUCCUUACGAAGGCUAAAGUUGGUGAAUCAGUUGUGAGCGAAGCAUUUGUUUUAUCCAAUCAAAACCCAAGUUCUUUAACUUAUUUGGUAAUUGCUAAUGGUCGGGUUGUUACCCAAGGAUCAAUCGACAGAAACCUGGGUGUGGUAACGUCAAUUAGACUUCUAGUAACUCCAGAGAUGUCACCACAAGCACGAUUUAUAGCUUAUUAUCAUGCAAACAAUGAGCUGGUUGUUGACAGCGCUAUCAUGGAGGUCGAGGAAGAGUUGCCUAAUAAGGUUACCUUCCUUGGUAAUCAACAUCCCCAGAAAUUACCAGGCCAACCUCACAAGAUCGAAAUUCAAAGUAGCCCGCAUUCCCAUGUUGGCGUUCUGGCUGUUGAUCAGAGUGUUUAUCUCUUAAGAGAUGAUAAGCAUCUUACUAGUGACGAGGUAUUUAAAAGAAUGAAAUCACAUGAUCUUGGAUGCGGAGCAGGAGCAGGGAUGGACAACAAAGACGUACUAAGACGGGGAGGUCUUGCUGUGAUGACAAGCAUCAACAAUCUUAAAACCGAUACCAGGGAAGAUUUUAAUCCUUGUGCUCCUGAUGCGCGAAGAAGACGCAGAAGUGCAGAUGAUGUUGUGGACCAAGCAUGUUGUCUACUUGGUCAGCUAUCGGACCCAGCCACUUGUAAAGCUCGGGCGAUGAGCUUCUCCAAUUCAAAUCUGUCCUCGUCAUUUCAUCCACGUGAUGCCUGCGUGAUACAGUUCUAUACAUGUUGCUACAAAGCAUUUGAGAUGGAUCACCGAGGAAGAUCUGGCGACGUCGACAUACCAAAUGACCUGUUAAAUAACCUUCCAUUCGAUGGUGAUAAAUUAUUCAUGGAGUUAGCUUUAGAGCAAGCUCAAAUGAGAACAAAUUUUCCAGAAAAGUGGUUGUUCGAGGAUGCAAAAGCCGGUAAGAAUGGUCGUGUCAUGUUCCCUGUUACAGUACCAGACACGAUAACAUCGUGGGUACUGCAAGCGAUUGCCGUUUCAAACACCACUGGCUUUGGUGUAACUCCAUCAUUCAGCUUGAAAGUUUUCAAACCUCUCUUCCUGUCUCUGAAGCUGCCGUAUUCAGCACAACGUGGCGAACAAAUAUCUGUUAUAACUACUGUGUUCAAUUACAAGGCCACGGAUGAAAAGGUUUAUAUAUUUCUCGAGAAACAACGUGGCGAUCAUUAUUGUACGUAUUCAGAAUCCGGAAGAGGAGGUGCAACGUAUACAGUCCAAGUUAAAGGUCAUGGAGCAACGUCUGUAUCGUUCCCUAUUGUCCCCACUGAAAUUGGAGAAAUGUCUAUUGGGGUCAAAAUUAUCUCGGGAAACGGCGAGGGCGAUGGUGUACGACGAACAUUUAAAGUAUUGCCCGAGGGGAUGGAAAGACGACAGACAUAUUCAGUAGUUCUCGAUCCAUUAGAUGUCUUGCGUGAUCCAGCAGAAGCCCAGCCUACUACUGCACCAACCACGCCAUCCAAAAUACAGACUUCAAAACAGGGAAAUGGUGAACAGAAGAACCGACUAAGUAUUACGUUGCCAAAUUCAACUAUUCCUGAAUCAGAGUAUGCCUUACUUACAGUUAUUGGCAACCUGAUUGGGCCAGCUGUAUCGAAUAUCAUCGAAGGUCGCGGAUUGGAUUCUAUCAUUAAACUUCCCACAGGCUGUGGUGAACAAACUAUGUUAAAACUUGCGCCUAAUGUGUUUGUUCUAAACUAUCUGCGAAGUACCAAACAGGUCACCAGACAUAUUGAAGAAACUGCGUUCAACUAUAUUCGAUCAGGCUAUCAGCAUGAAUUGAAUUACCGUAAAACUGAUCACUCAUUCAGUGCGUUUCAAAAUCGGCCUGGUAGUACAUGGCUGACGGCUUUUGUAAUGAAGACAUUCUGUGCAAUUCAGAAACUUGAUGGAAUUGAUAUUGAUCAAAAUGUUAUCGACACGGGAAUACAUUGGUUGACGUCAAGACAGCGGGCUGAUGGUGCCAUACCAGAGAAUCACCCUGUUAUUCAUCAAGAAAUGGAUGGUGACAUUAACAGCGACAUAACAAUGACUGCAUAUGUUGUAACAGCUUUCAUUGAGUGUAACAGUUUUACACCGAACUCGGUUCAAACAGUGAGAAACGCUGUUGCAUAUUUGGAGAACGCACGACCCAAUGUAGGACGCGUGUAUGUGAAAGCUGUGAUUGCGUACGCCUUGGCAUUAGCAGACAGCCCUCAGAAACUCAACGCGAACCAAGAUUUGAUAAACAGUGCUAUUUACGAUGGAGGGAAGAACACGCGUUAUUGGCAUGAUGGUCAAGGAGGUAAUGCUAUUGAUGUUGAAACAACAUCUUACGCAUUGCUUACUCAAAUGGUCCUCAAAAGGCGAGGUUAUGCAGGACCCAUCGUGGUCUGGUUGACAGAACAAAGAAAAGGCGGUGGCGGCUUCAUCUCCACCCAGGACACAUGCGUAGCUCUACAAGCUCUGGCUGCUUACAGUGAGGAAACUGGUGGAGAUCAAAUGAAUCUUCGUAUUGAAAUCACUACAGACAGAGAAUACAAAAAAACAUUAACGAUUAAUCAGAACAAUGCUCUGGUACAACAACAAUUAGAUAUUACCAAUCUCAUUGGAGAUGAAUUGUUUAUUGAGACAAAAGGUUCAGGUGUAGCUCAGCUACAGAUUGAAUCCAGAUACAAUACACCGCUGUCUGAAAUCGAGGUGUGUCAAUUUGACCUGGUGGUGACGACCGUAGAACGAGAAGGACGGUUUUAUGAUCCACCUAUUCUUGUAAAACCAAAACCGACAAAAUCGCCAAAUAGAAGCAAUCGCAAAGGUAACAAUAAAAAAUGCAGAAAAAACAAGGGGAAGAAAUGUACUAGAAGGAGAAGAUGCAAAGGAAAACGACGACGAAGAUGUAAAAAUAAGGGAAGUGGUAGACGCAGAGCUCCUAAACCUACAACCCCUGCUCGGCCCAUUACCACGCGGCCUCCACAGAAUGAUGCGCCUGCGCCGAACACAGUCUCAAUCAAGAUUUGUACUAAGUUCAAAAAAGCUGGGGAAAAUGCGGGAAUGUCCAUCAUCGACGUUGGUAUCUUGACUGGAUUCAGCGUUAAACAAGAAACCUUAGUUGAGCUACGUGACAAAGUGAAACCUGGUAUAGCGAAAUUUGAGAUCUCAGACCGUCAUGCUGUUCUUUACGUUGAUAAAAUCCCAAGUUCGCAUCACUUGUGUUUCAACUUGGAACUACAGAGAGAAUUUGAAGUUGGCAUAGUCCAGCCAGUACCCGUCACCGUAUAUGAUUAUUAUGAUCCAGACAACAGGUGUACCAAGUACUAUGGUCCUGAAACAGGCAGUAGGUUAAACCUCGCCACGUGUGAACACGACAGCUGCAAAUGUGCAAUAGAUAAAUGUGCCUCAUGCAAACCAUCCAAUGACGCUAAUAAUGUUGUCGACGAGUUAUGUAAAAAAUACGACUAUGGUUUCAAAGGAAAACUAAGAAAUAUUGACGAAAAAGGCAAAUGGCUUCGUUUGACAUUCGACAUAGAAGAUGUCUAUAGAGAAAGCGCAACGAAAAAGAUUACAAAAAGGACGCGGCGCAUCGUGUAUUCUAAAAGCACCGAAUGCGACUGCCCCAGAUUUGCAAGAAAAAUCGACAGUGAUUUCCUCAUAAUGGGUACAGACCAUGGCCUCCUGGGUUCAAACCAGGUAAAAAUGGGUGCAAGUGUGUUUGUCAAAGAAUUGCCACGGAACAGCGCCGACUUUUUCAGGGAGUUUUUGAGAACUCUUAAAAAGGGUUGUUGAAGAACGGUUUAAAGUGACUGAUAAAAUAUAAGAUUACAGUAUAAUAACUAAGCAAAGUUUAAGAACAGUGAUUUUCUGACAUAAUUUAGAUUCCUAAACAGUAAAAUAACUAAAAUUGUCAAGAAGAAAAGUAAAAGUAAAAUAUGCUUCACGUUUCCAUUGUGAUAUGAAU